AUGGGCUGUGGAUGUUCCAGUCUAAAGGGCGAAGAUGUGGCCAGCGUGAACAAUGCGCCGGUCGACCCGGCACUCGAGCCCGCGAAGAGGGUGAACACCAAUUUUUCCACCAUCGACUACGAACAAGAUUCGCACGACAGGCGGAUGACAGAGUAUGCGCCUCACGAAACAUUAAAACCAAAAAAUAGCCACGACUCAACAGCAGGGCGACAUAAGUCACCUCUGGAACCAGGACCUGCGGAUGGAGACGGACUUCUACCUGCAGACUCAGCCGCGAGCGACAGCAACACCGUUGUCAAUGCUACAAAUGGCGAUCAGCAAGGCCGGCCCGGGGGCUCUCCUCAUGAGGCGACAAGGGCCCAUGCGGAUGGCGACCUCACAUUGAAGCCAUACCAGACGUUCGACGGCGGUGACUGGGACACGGGCGCGACCAGGCCCGCACAAACACGCCCACGUGUUGUCGAUGAUAAGCAGCCCACUACUCAGGAUCCUACAUCCUCGCUUGCGAAAGAUGAGUUCGCAAUGUCCAAUGAUCCUGCGGACCCGUCGAAUCAGGAAUCUAAGCAUCAGGGCCACGGAAAGCAUCACUCCAAUAACGGCGAUGCCGCGGAGCAGCGCAAGAAGUCCUGGCUGGGCCAAAAAUAUGCCUCGUUCCAGCAGGCCAAGCAGGGCCCCGGUGUCCAGCUCUCGGACGAGGAGCUAAAGAAGUACACUGGCAAAGAUGGUGCCGAGCUCCAGGAAUGGGCAAGGAACCGUCCUGGUGUCGCUGGUAACCAAAGUGCCGGUAGGAUCGGAACGGAUUGGGCGAUGGCGGGUAGUGCAUCGUAUGCUGCUGGUUAG